GUCAGAGGUUACGCGUCAUACCCGCGCCAAUUCUAGAUUUCCGGGUGAGUCGCUCGCUGCACACAGACUGUAAACAGACAUGGAUCUGAGUGGUUUUGAAGCAGAUAACUCUGUGAGCUGCCGCUUGUCAUCCCCCAUCCCAGAAGUGUGUAAAACAGAGGAUUGCUGCCUGGGCAUCGAUGAGGCUGGCAGGGGGCCUGUCCUGGGGCCCAUGGUGUAUGGAAUAUGCUUUUGCCCUGUAUCCAAAAAGGAGGACAUGAAGAAUUUAAAAGUGGCAGACUCAAAGACAUUGACAGAGGCACAGAGAGAUAACCUUUUUCUAAUGCUCGAUGAGGCCAAAAGUUUUGUUGGCUGGGCGCUUCAAAUACUCUCCCCCAACACCAUCUCCACCAGCAUGCUACAAAGAGCAAAAUACAACCUGAAUGCACUCUCACACGAUGCAGCUAUUGGUCUGGUGCAGUUCGCCCUGGACUGUGGGGUGCAGGUCAAAGAGGUGUUUGUGGACACCGUGGGUCCUGCAGAGAAGUAUCAGGAUAAGCUCUCCAAGCGGUUUCCGGGCAUAGAGGUGACAGUUCGUCCCAAAGCUGAUUCUCUCUUUCCCAUUGUCAGUGCUGCCAGUAUCUGUGCCAAGGUUGCCAGAGAUCAUGCUGUCAAAUCCUGGAAGUUUGCAGAGAAUUUGGGUGAGGUGGACACAGAUUAUGGCUCUGGAUAUCCUAAUGAUCCCAAAACUAAAAGCUGGUUGCAGAAAUAUCUGGACCCAGUGUUUGGCUACCCUCAGUUCGUGAGGUUCAGCUGGAGUACAGCACAAACUCUUUUGGACAGCAAAGCUGUACCUGUCCACUGGGAUGAUGAUGAAGAAGAUGGAGCAAAAGCUGCUGCUCGUCAGAAUAACACAUCCAUGCUGUCCUUCUUGAGUCGCAACAAGCCAGACGAGCUUACACACUCACGAGACACACACCGUUUUUUCACUGAGCGCAAACUACAGAGCAUAAGCAAUCUCUGAAUGCUCUGUACAAACAAACUGAUCAAAACAGUGUUUUUAGUUCUUCUGUUUUUGGUGUUAUUUUCUUUAUGCAAACUAAAUAAAGGUCAAAUAUUUUCAUGUC